UACCCAUCUCACGCACAACCGGAACAGAGCACCAACAGUACCAACCGUUAGUUGACAGCGGUCGCUAAAAAGAACCGCUGUUUUGUUCCCGAAGACAGACAGCGACAGAGUUUUAAGGUUUUUGAGAAACAAAAGCAACGAAGAAACCCAGUUGAGGUUGUUGAGCAAAGGCUGAGAAGAAGAAGAACAAUGGCUAAUGAGGAAAAAGAUAGCGUGGAAUACUACUCGCUGCUAAAGGAUUUCAGAGCGGAAAUUGAAGUACAGGAAGGAGCUUUCUCUCUUUGCUUUUGGCUUUACCUCAUGAGCUCCACUGCCUUCCCUGCCAGGCUCAUUCAGGUGCAAUCAGGUGCCACGGAAGGUGCUCCUUUUCUUGUUCUGAGUGAGAAGAAGAAAAUGGUGCUCUUGCCAUUGGGUAUCGUACACAAGGAAGCUCCUGAAACUUGUGACUUGACUUCACUGUCAGAAGUUCCACAUGUAGCUAUGGAGACUGAGUUUCCUAUGGAGAAAUGGAUUCAUAUUGGGUGUGAGGUUUCGUCUGAUUUUGUGCUGCUACACAUUGAUGGUGAAAUUGCGGGAAAGAGAGCUAUGUCACCGUUGUUCAACAAAGAUUCCAUUUCAGGUGGUUUGACGAAGAUCACUUUGGUUUGUGGUGGUGGAGAUGACAACAGUUUGCAGGGUUAUGUCCACAAUCAUAAAGUUUUGCCCUUAACUUCAUCUAUUAUGGAAUACUAUGCUAAGAGAAAUAUAUUUGUAUUCCAGGACCCACCUCUACAAUUAUCCAUUGAUAAUUCAUCUGCAUCGGAGAUUGAAGAGGGCAGUGAUGGUGUUUGGAGUAUUGUUGGUGGCAAGGCCUCUUGUCGCAGGAUUUUUUCACUGGAUGUUGUACUGUUAGAUGCCUUUUCCCAUCCUAUAAACAAGGAGUUGGAGGUUAUUGCUUCUCUCGUAUAUGCUGACAAUGGGGCACCUGUGGAGAAGACAAGUGACGGAGAAGCUCCUCUUUUGGCAAGCCAAGAUGGGGUUGAAUUUGCUUCUUGCGAUAGACCAAGUAAAAUGCUGCAUGGGCAUGCGUCUUUUAAGCUGAAGAUAUCUCAGCUUUCAUCUAAGUGUGAUAAUCGGAUGUUCCGCAUAAUGUUUCACAUGCCAAAACUGGAAACAUAUCCUUUCCUCAAGGCAUUCUCCCCUCCUAUUCGUUGUAUCUCAAGGAAUCGUAGUACUCGGAUGUCCUCUAGAUUGUGGAAAAGGCCAGCAUCUGCCAAUGAUCAACUUAAUUUAUCUCAGUUAUCGGGAUUGGAUGAUGAAACAUUAGAACUUCAUCACAGUUCUAUUCAUGAAGAAAAACUGAGUCCAUCAUCAAAGCGGUGUAGAUUGGGACAAGAUGACGAAUGCAACUCUCAUUCCAGAACUGCUAAUCAGGUUAAAAAUGUGGUGAGGAGAUCCGACAGUCUUGAAGAAUUAGAUGACUCCCAAACUGAUUCAGAGAACCCCGAAGCGAGAAACUCAGCUCUCAAGAGUACAUCAAGUAGUAGAAAUCCAAUGUCGGAUGCAACCAUUUUUAAAUACUGCCUAGCAGGUUUAACUGAGAAGACUCUUCUGCUCAAGGAGAUUUCCAGCACUGUUUCUAACGAAGAACUUUUGAGUUUUUCCCAUCAGGUUUCCUUAUAUUCAGGAUGUUCACACCACAGGCACCAAAUAGCAAUGGCGAAGCAAUUGAUAGAGGAAGGAAAUAAGGCUUGGAAUUUGAUCUCACAAAAUAAACACCAGGUUCCAUGGGAAAGUGUGGUUUUUGAAAUUGAAGAGCAAUUCAUGAAGAUUGCUGCUUGUAAUUCUCGGGCUCUCACACAACAGGACUUUGAGCUACUGAGGAGAAUUGCUGGUUGCCAAGAAUAUCUGGCCCAAGAGAACUUUGAAAAGAUGUGGUGUUGGUUAUAUCCUGUAGCUUUAACGUUAUCAAAAGAUUGGAUAAAUACAAUGUGGAGUUCAACAUCUCCCAAGUGGAUAGAAGGAUUCAUUACGAAGGAAGAAGCUGAAACUUCACUUCAAGGUUCAAGGGGUUUACAGGAAUCUGGUACAUUUGUACUCCGGUUUCCUAAUUCAAGGAGCUGGCCCCACCCAGAUGCUGGUAGCUUAGUUGUGACUUAUGUUGGCAGCAAGCACACUAUUCACAACAAGCUUAUCUCCCUUGAUCAAAUGUUUAGUUUUGCUGAGAGGGAAAAGAAUGCAAAACCACUGCAAGAUAUGCUUCUUGCGGAACCCGAACUCUCUCGAUUGGGAAGGAUAAUAAGAAGUCGCUGAGUGGGGUAGAGAUGCAUAAUAUACUAUUCUGUUUUUGCAAGAUCAAUUUUUGCGGCUAUCUAUGUAUUGUCUUUGAGCCUUUGAUGUAUAGAUUAGUCUGUUAUUAUAUCAAUAUCUUAUAAGUGGAAGUGCCCAUUGUGUAAAAACAUCAGCACAUUUCAAUUUCAACAUUGAAUUUUAUUGCCAACAUAUGGCUGAUAAUGAGCUUGUGAUACAAAUUUUGCACACACUUGUGAAAUGCAUGUCUUGGCUUCU